AGAUUUACUGGAGGACAUCAUUGCUGACAGCUGCUUCCACACUUCUCAGCAUAUUUCCAGCGACUUGUUGCCACUGGCGAUGGUGAUGCUGUUUGACUUCCAGGACCGAAGGUUUCUGUCACGUGAACGUCUAACAAAGGAAGAGAAGGGGCCUUAUCAGGAAGUCAGGGACCUGGAGACCAGUCUACACAGGUGUAGAACCAAGCUGGCAGCAUCUCUAGCUCGCUGCAGAGUGAAACAGAGUCUGCAGAGCGUCUCCUGUUUUCUGUCAGAUCCUGUCAGGACCAAACAGCACAGAGCAAAACGUCUGCCACUUUAUGCAUGGGUCAAUACUCUCAAGGCCAGUGUUGACGAAGUGUGUGCAGCGUUACAAAGAGCCGGCUUGUGUGAUGUGGAGAUCAUGACAGCCCUCAGUGAGGGGUCGUUCUGCAGAGACCCUCUCUGUCCCGAUACACUCGUCUUCUCCCCUCAGCUUCACGCUCUGCUGCAGCACAGCAGCCUCACAAGUACACAUGCACUUAACACACAGGACAGGAGUGUGUGUGUGGCAGUGAGUGCGUUACGCCCCCUGCUGUUUGAUAACGGUGACGUCUUGGCGGUGGGGUCUUUCUCAGCUGUGACCGUGGCUCACGUUGCCGUGGCGGCCGCUGACCGCUCUGGCCGAGUGUUGGUGUGUGGUGCCGAUCACACUACGUCACAAAUAGACGAGAUACAAGAACUACUCACACAAAUGGAUAUCAAAAAUGUGCGAGUCCUGUCAGAAGCCUUCAGUGGUUUGGAUGAGUGGGACGCCUCUGUCCAGCGACUAAAGGUCAUCAUCGUGCUGCCUCAGUGUUCCUCCUCCGCGCUCAAUGACCCUGUGCCCACCAUGCACAGUGAACAUGGAAACUGGGAUCUACUGCCGGAAUUGUGUCACAGUUCUGUGUCUCGAAGCAAAAUACACACAAUGGCCUCCCAACAGGCACGACUUCUAGCUCACGCCGUGUCCUUUCCAAAGGUUCAGACAGUGGUCUACUGCACACGCUCAGUGUAUCCUGAGGAAAAUGAACAGCUAGUGAAAAGAGUGUUAGACAAAACACACACCCAUCCCAAACUGCUGCCCUUCAGGGUAAACGGUCCGAUUUUCAGCGAUCACUCCCAGUCAGGAGACACAACGGAAUCAAAGUUCUUUAGGCUCGAAACGUCACAGUUCUCCAAUGGCUGCUUCAUCGCACGACUGUCCCGACAGGCGGAUCCCACUAAGGUAGAAACAGUCCACGAUGUGCUGGCAAGGGCAGCGGCUAAAGGCCUCCUGGGUGGAAUCAUUCCUGAACUAUCAAAGACUAAUAAAAAGGGGAAAAGCAAGAAGAAUCGAGCCGCGUCAGCCAGCAGCAAACCUUCCUCCCCCUCGGGCCGAGAGGGUCAGCUGGGGGAGGGAGAAAAGCCUGUCGCACCUUCACAACAUGAAGAGAAGAAAGGUGAGGAUGUAGAGGAGGAAAAAGGAGAAGACGAGGGAGGAAAGAGGAAGAAAGUGCUUAAAGGCAGUAAGCGUAAAGUCAAAGGGCGAACAAAACAAACCAACAGGACUACGGCCCCAAAGCACCAGCCUAACAGCAACAAGAAGAAAUCAGAUAAGGUCAAAGUCAGCCAAUCACAUCAAAAGAGGCGCCCUACGAAGACUAAACGGAGAAGAAUACCUCGUCUCACCCUGACGUUAAUAUCCUCUGCUAAACCCUCCAGACACUUGUCUCCAAUCACAGCCCUCGCACACAAGCUGAGUAAUUAUGCAACGAUCCAAUCACAGCAGAAUGUCUUCAGCCCCCCCCCUUCUGCUCCACCUGCAGCCUCCAAGCAGGUGCAGAGACUCAACCCUGAGCCUGAAGGAGCAGAGAAAACACUGAAGCAUACAGUGAGAGCAGAAAGACCGUUUAAGGUCAGAGGAAAUGUCAGACCUAAGGAAGAGGAGGCGACAGAGGAAGUGUUGACGCAUACAGAUUUUGUCCUGCCACCCAUUUGCUCUGCUUCCUGCAGCUCUGUUAGCAGGAGUGGUAAUUCCCUCAGUCAGCGUCCCACCAGGACCCCCCACUCUCAGCGCGCCCACAUAUGUGCAUCCUCUUCCUCCAUCUAUCUGCCUGGAUUAUAGAAGAGAGAUCAUGAACACUGAUGUUGUGGUUAAUAACAAUAAUGGCAUGUUCUGACACUACAGUCAAUCAUAAUGGACUCAAGUUAAUUAUUUGAAAUGAUUUAAAACCAAGAAAAAUAUGAUUGUAUUGUUAGUUAACUAUGAACAAUAAAUAUG